AUUUUUUUUUUUUUAAGUUCACAAUUUUGGCUACAAAGCGGUCUUGUGGUUUCAGCAAUGUAGCAUUACAUCCUAGAUCAUUUGUUUUGCUGUGGAGCAGGGGAACCUUCCAAGUCCUUUCACAACAUGUCUGAGGACAGUGCGAGGGUCACCUUUGACUGGGUGCUGGACCAGGUGAGAUGGCUGCUGCAGGUGUCUUCGCCUGCGGAGCUCGGCACCUUGUUUCAGAAGAUGUUGGAGGCGCAGGUCUUUCCCAACUACCACUACCUGUCCCCCUGUGAAGAAGAGCACUCCCUGUGGGAGAGAGGUGCCUGCGAGACGGACCGUGAAGAUCUGGCACGGAGGAUGGCGCUACCUAUGUGGCAAAGGUGGGAUGCCUGUCAGGGGAUUUUGCAAUCCGUGCUGCACCAGGAAGCUGUCUCCAGUUUGGAAUGUCCCGGGAUCUCCUUAGGUAACUUUUGGGAGUCUUGGAACGCCGAACUGAUAGACAAUAAUGUGGAAGAUGCGGACAGUGUCCUCGCUGACCUCUACAGCAAUUCAAUCCUUUUGGAGACUGUCAGCUGUGAUCAGGACCUUGGCGACCAAAGAGAGACCGGUGCGUUUCUGGAACCAUGCAACCCCAAUGGAGGUGAAGUGCAGCUGACGCCACUGGAGACAGUCUGCUUUACUCAAGUUUCUGCAAGUGCAACAGAAAAAGUGUAUGGGCCAUGUGCAUUGCCGGUCACCAGAGAUUCUGAUCAAGCCUCUGUCAGCCAGAAGAAUGAAGCUGCCCAUGUACGCCUUGGCGACUCGACACAGACAGACUUUGAAGGUUGA